AUGGGAUGUCACGCAAGGAUUUAAAAUUAGAACAUAAUUAUUUAAUACUAGCUAUAAUUUCAACACGACGUCGCUUCCUUAAGGAAGGUCCGAUCGCAUUCUCUUCACCAGGUCCGAUCGUAUUCUAUCUGGUUAGACGGAAAUGGCAUCGCGGGACAAGAAACCUCGGAUACCUUCUACCAGUCGAACCGGCGGUAUCCGGACGCUCGCUGAUUUGAACGCCCGUUCCGGCCAUGACCCCGACAGCGACUCCGAUGGGCCUCAGGAGUACUACACUGGUGGCGAGAAAAGCGGAAUGCUUGUCCAAGAUCCUUCGAAGAGCAAUGAUGUGGAUUCAAUUUUCAACCAAGCUAGGCAAUUGGGAGCUGUAGAAAGGCCCACUGAUCAGCUUCAACCAUCUUCAAGCUCUGGAAGCUUUACUGGAACUGGAAGACUUCUCUCAGGGGAAAGGAGGGAAUCAUCUGUUCCGCAGCAACCUGAGGCCAUUAUGCACAAUAUCAUUUUCUGGAGCAAUGGUUUCACUGUAAAUGAUGGUCCUUUGAGAAGCUUGGAUGAUCCUGAAAAUGCAUCAUUCCUAGAGAGCAUUAGAAAGUCCGAGUGUCCAAAAGAGCUUGAGCCAGUUGAUAAGAGGUCCUCAGUGCAUGUAAACCUCAUAAGGAGAGAAGAGAAGUGCCCUGAACGAGAGAAGCAUCGCAAUGCAUUCGAGGGUGUUGGAAGAACUCUAGGUAGUAGCACACCUUCAGCUGCACCUGAGCCUGCUGUUGGUGGGACUUCGCUACACACUGCUCCACUCCGUUCCAUGGGACUGACUCUGGAUGAAACAAUGCCAUCAACCUCAAUUCAGCUGAGACUGGCUGAUGGCACCCGCAUGGUUGCACGCGUCAAUUACCAUCAUACAAUUGGUGACCUUCGCGCCUUCAUAGACACAUCCAGGCCUGGGGGUGCUUGCACGUACCAGCUGCAGACUGUGGGAUUCCCACCCAAGCAACUUACUGAUCCAACCCAGACAAUAGAGCAGGCAGGACUUGCUAAUUCAGUUGUUAUCCAGAAAUUCUAAGUCUUAUCUCUCCUCUGCUUAUCAUUUACCUGUUCUCUGUAACGGAAGCCAAACUCACUAUCCAUUUCGAAACAAAGUCUUUUGUAGCUGGAAAACAUAUGCAUUUGGGGAUUGUGUUAAAUACUUUUGAAUGCGUGCCUUUUAAUUGACAAUUUUUUAUCAGCACUGUUUAAAGAAACAUACUAAAUAAUCUUUAAUGGUGAUCAUUUGCCAGCUGAUCUCUUGGUUGCCACCCAA